ACUAUAGAAUCUAUGCUAAAAUCUAAACAUAGCUUCAUCUUCCAAGGCAACAAGGUGCAGUUGGUGUUUUGACUUUUGAGACUUGCCUUCUCGGAUUAAGAAUUAAGGCAGAAACGAAUGGCUAUAGAAUCUAAAACUAAGCUGAGAGAAGACUUUUGUCAAAUGUGAGAAGACCAAGUCCAUUGUCAAUUUCAGAAUCAUGGUGUACCACAAACUAAGACUCUUAAAACGUGAAACCCACCUGUGGAAUACAAAGGUCAUGUUUACAAAAGCAAAAGCCAACAAUCACAUAGACACAUUAAGCCCCAUACCUUAGCUAGAGAUAGAGCACAACAACCAAGAGAUGAGAGGGUCUGCAUCGUUGGUAACGUUAAACCACAAGAUUCUCCGACCGUGUAGGAAACUCUUGAUCAGAAUCACCAAGAGCUGUCCUCGGCGCCAAACCCGGCAUUUGAAACUCAAGAAAGCUUCUUCUUCUUCUUCAAGUAAGCCAGGGAACAAGGUUACCAAGGUGGUGGCCUUGUUCUUCCUCUCUUUCCACAAGAAGAAGCAGAAGAAAGAAAAGAUGAAGCGGCUUAACGAACUAAGGAGCUACUCCCACGCUGUCAGUGACCAGAAGAAGACAAAGAAGAAGGCCUCAAAACAGGAAUCAAGCAAGAAGAAGGUGUUCCCAUCAAGAAUCACAAUGUCUUGGCUAGGUCAGGGUAAGGGUAACAACACUCAUGAAGUUCCUCAAGAUCAUGAUCCACGUAGAGACAGCACAAGCGCAUUCAUUCCUUGAUGUUUUGAAACAAGACCAGCAAAGAUAACAUUUAUCAAAUUUUAACUCUAUUAUAUGUGGCUCUCUCAAUGUACACUAAAGAUAUUUGUCCUCGAUAUCUUGAGAUCAUUCAUGUGUUUGCAUUUUGGUCACGCUAAAAAGUUAUUAAAAUAUUGUUGCAUAUGACUAUUAAAAAUUAAAAUCAGCCAAAUAUUUCAAAACUCAAGAAUCCAAAUCAUUUAAACACAAAGAAGAGAAGAUAGACAUUGGAUUCUUUAUACAUCUAUCAUACAAGCACGGACCAUUUGCUUCAUUCCCUACCUAACCUUAGGCAAAUCAAUCAACCCACGGAAACCAGUGAGAAGUUUGAUACAUCAUGAAUUAUUAUUCUCCGACCAGUUCUUGUCAGCACCUCCAUUGUAA